UCUGUAUAAAUAUAGGAGCAAUAUUUUUCAAAUUAUUUUAUCUUUUAGUAUUAAAAAAUAUACGUAUAAGAAAUUAGAUUAUUAUCCCACUAAGUAACUAACUGAAUGAUAUUUAUUACUUAUCAGUUCAUUUGUUUAUUGGAAAUAUAUCAGUAUGAUUAUACUCUAUUUAAGAUCAGUGUAAAAUAUAUUUCUAUGAUAAAAUGGUUGAGUCAAUAGUAGAAAAAGAUCUUUUGGGAAUAGCAGCAGCACACAAUGGCUUAAUUGUAUUAAAAAAUUGCCAGGCAAUCUUACGUAGAGAUUAUACUAAUAUGAUAGGCAAGGUUAAGUUAGUAUCCGGAAGCAGCGGGAAAAGUGAAUUACCUUGUUCAGAGUUUGUGGGCCCAGGUAUGUUAACAGCUGCAGUUUUAGGAAAUACUUUUUCUGCUCCCCGAAAAAAUAAUAUCUUAAAAGUUAUUGAAGAAAUUGGAUCAAACGAUUCUUCUGGAAUAUUACUAAUAGUACCUGAUUAUGAUGCAUAUCCUAUAAAUUUUACUUGGGCCAAAUUAUGUGCAGUUGAGAAAGGGUAUAAUGUCAAAAUUAUUUUAGUAACUACAAAGUGGGAAUCUGUUACAGAAGAACAAAGUUUUUUGUGUACACAUUUUUUAUAUAAAAUAGCUGGAGCUAUGUCAGAAGAAGGAAAACAUAUAGAUCAAAUAUAUUUCUUUUGUAAUCACCUUAUAAAUAGUGGGCAGCUUCAUCUUCUAAAAACAAAUACAGCUGAGCAUAUAUUUGAUCCCUUAAUAAAUACCUUAAAUAUAAUGCCGCAAGAUAAAUAUAACAAAAAUUCAUAUGAUAGAAACAGAUUUCAUACUGAUCAAGAGGUUGCGAUUAUAAUAAACAACAUUGGUUCUACACAUUCAGAAAUGUACACAUUUAUUUUGGACAUUUUGAAGCAGAUGGAAAUGCAUAGUUUACAAGCAAAAAGAAUAUACAUAAAAUCACUGUUAACAAGCUCUAAUAUUAAGUAUUUCAAUAUGUGUGUUUUAAAUUUGUCACUUUCCACAAUAUUAAUUAAAUGUCUAGAUUUUCCUACAUCUGCACCUGGUUGGCCAAAAAUAUUAACUUCAGAUAUGUUAGGAAUGAUGGAGGAUGGUAAAUUAAAUUUAUGUACAUCUGGUAAAUAUUGUCAGAAUGAUAACACAGAGAAUAUCAAUUUACAAGGACCACUGAUGAGGCAUGAAAGUGGUAAAAAAUUGUUAUCAAUUAUAUCAACUGCAUGUGAAGCAACAGUAGCAUGCACAAAUCAGUUAAACAAAUUAGAUCAAGAAUGUGGGAAGGGAGAUUAUGGUACAAAUCUUGCAUAUGGAGCUCAAGCUAUAAAUAAUGCUAUUCAGGACAAUAAAAUAUUCAGCGUGAAUCCAUGCGUAACAUUUAUGCAAAUUAGUCACAUCAUUGAAAAGUCAGUGGAUGGUAUACAAGGAACACUUUAUUCUUUAUUUUUUAAUAAUAUUUCCAAAGCAUUUUCAAAAUAUGAGUCUGAUGAACAAAUUACAGUUGAUAUGUGGUCAAAUAUAUUGAUUACUGCAAAUAGGGGAAUAAUAGAACUUGGUGUACCCCAUAUAGAUGAUCAAAUUUUAGUGGCUGUUUUAAUAAAUGUACAGUUUCAUUUCACAAAGGCAUUAAACGAUAAUAGAGAUCCCAUGACUGCAUUUGGUAUGGCUGUAAAAGCUGCCGAGAAUUUUUCUAUAAAUAAUAAAUUGAAAUAUCCUUGUCCUGAAGCACAUGCAGUAGGCAUAUGGAUGAGAGGUGCAUAUGAAUGUACUAAACGUGGUCAAAACAUAUUGGAAGAUGGACAAUAUGAAUGCGAAGGAUGUCAAAGUAUUGGUAAUGUGAAGUACUUGAGUAAUGAACAUGAAACUAAAACAUCAUUCCUUUCUGCUCAACAGUCAUUAACUCAGGAUAUUUGGUGCUUAUUAAAACAUGCAUGUUUUAGGAGUUUAAGUUGCGAAGUACAUCCUGGAAGAGAAGGUGUUUGCUAUUUUGGGGAUGAAUACAGGGGGCAUGUUUUAAGUCAUACGUUUACGUUAAAAGAUGCCCAGGCAAGAGGUUUCAGAAGGUGGUGCAGUUUCAUUGUUUUCAUGAGAGAUAAACAGUUUCUUUUAAACAUGUGGCCCUUCUUAGUUGACAACUUAAAGGAAGUAAUUAGAGAAUUACAAGACUUUGCAGAAAAAAAGUACAAUGCAGAAGAAGCAGAAUGUCCUCAAAGAAUAGUUCGUCUUACAACAGUUACUAAUGGAUCUGGGUCAUAUAAGAACUCGCAUAAACUACCCAGAAGUUUUUAUGAAAUAACUAAUGAAAAACAUGUUUUUAUAAGGAUCCACAUGUGGCUGGUAUGGAUUCUUAGUGCAGGAGCAAGACAUUUUAUAGAAAUUUUUCCUAUGAGUUUGUUAGACGAUGAAUUAAAUUACGAUUUGGAGCAUCAGAUUGAAACUGAAGAAGGAUUUACUUUAGUAAAUGCUAAGUUACCAGUAAACUUAAACUUAAACUCAAAUGAAUCAGAAACAAAUUCAGAAUUCUCAGAAGUCUCGGAAAAAUCUACCACUGUGAUACUCAGAGAUUUAAGAUCCAUAUUAGGAAAGGACCAAUUUAGACAACUUUUAUAUUCUAGUUUAACAGGUGUUCAAAUUUUGGUGAGGGGUCCAAGUAUUGAAACACUGGAAUCUCUUUAUGGACUUAGUUCUCUUAUUCCAUGUGCAUGUCGAAGAGUCAAGACUCAAGCUACAGAAUAUAUGGAUCCCAAUAAGUGUAACUUUAUUGGUGUGGACACUUCAGUGGCUGUCCCCUUACCAUGCGCUAAUGUAUGUAGAUUAGAUAUUAUAUCUGAAGAACACAAGAUUGAAAAUACAAAUUCACACAUUGUUAGAUGGACGGGCACAUUACCAUUGAAACUUCCAACGUUAUUAACAAAGAUUGAAAAAUCACUUGAUAAUGAAAAACUGGGGAACUCUACUUUAAAAGCACAUUUUGCAGCGUUACAGGAAGAAUGGGCAAACAUUGCAAAGGUAAUCCACGCUAUGCGAGGUCGUGGUCAUAGCGAAGAUCUUUCUGGACUUAUGCUUAGUUUAGGUGCUGGUCCCCACGAUAAAAAAUUACUAGAUGCUUGGUCAAUGGGCUUACCACCGAAUCCGGCAUAAUUUUUUAAUUAAUUGGAAAUAUACAUUGUAGAGUGUUAUUUGGGUAACAUCAUUUAAUACAAUAUGUAUUCUCCUAUUUGUAUUUUUAACUUGUUUUUUCAUUAUUUAUAUAUUCAAGGUUGUGCAACAUUUUUUUAUUUAUAAUAUAGUUGAAAAAUAAGGAUAAAAGUAAUGUUAAUAUAAAAA